AUGGUGGCUUCAUUCCUACAGGAUCGUGCAGAGAUUUGGUUCAUGGCUUUGCAAUUGACCAAACCGCCUCAGUCUUGGAUGAAACCGGGAGGAGGUAAUAACGUUUCUUUUCAAAAUUCAUAUGAAUUGGUGUGUUUUGGUGGUGACUCUCCUUAUGUUAAAGCUGAACAUGAUGAUAUGUUGUCAAUAGAUAUUAAUAAUGAUGAAUGUGGCUGUCUUAAGCCUGGUGAUUGUUGUAUUGUCCAUGACGUCUCUGUUGACUUUGAGGUGCAAUCUGAUGAUGAAUUUGUGCACUACGGUGAUCUUGAGAAGUCUGAGGCUGAAUUUUGGUUGGGGAAUUUUAAUUACAUUCAUGUGACAAUCUAUAAUUCGGUUCAUGAUUCAGUGGUCCUUAAAAAGGUUAAAGAUGAUGUUGGGGGAAUUGAUAUUGAUUUGACUGCUUAUGCUGAAGAUAAUAUUGUCCCUAAAGAGAGCUUGAGAAAUGAAUUUCUUAGUAUUAAGGGAAUAGAACUUCUGUCUGUUGUGGUUGAACUUGGAAAUGGAAUUGAAGUUCAGUGUAGUGCUUCUAUGGGAUUUGUUUCCACUGUAAAUGUUGAGCCAAGUGUUUGGGUGUAUGAUCCUGGAAUCGGCGCAACUUAUUUAACUGCAGUGAUGAAGGGAGUCAGGGGAGAUAGUUUUAUAGAGAGAGAAUCUCCUUUCACAGCUGGUUAG